UUUAUUUUGUAUUUAGAUUAGAUAGGAUGUGAGUGAGAUGUCUGCUACUGCUUGUAUUUGUAUUUAUUAAUAAAGUUGGUAUCGUUGGUGUAGUGACUGGACUGUUUUUAUUUGUGGUUUUUAUUAUUCAGUGUUUCGGUUUAGGUUGACUUGGUUUUCUCCAAAAGUACUAGACCUAGGCCUAGCCCUCUUUUAAUUGUCAGUUUUUUAAUCGUCUAUUUUUCCUAAUGGCCCACAGAAAUUGGGUUGAUGGUAGUUCUCUUGCCAACAAGGGUAGAACUGAAACCAUCAUUACUAACCAGAAGAAACAUGAGCAAAUGAGUUACCAGCAACAAUUAAUAGAACAGAAAAAGCAAGAAAUUCAAAAACGCAUUGAAGAGAAAAAAAGAAAAGAAACAGAAGAUGCUCUCAAAAAACUUAAUGAAGAUAAAAUUAAAGCAGCAGAAUCAUCAAGAUCAAAGAGAAGUUAUUACAGCUAUUCCAAGAGGCGAGAACGGCCUCCUGAAACUGUAGCUCCUACGCUCCCAGCAAAUAUAUUUAAAAAUGAUGGAAGUUUUUUUGAACAAUUCCAAAAACUGUCUGGUAUCAAAGUGGAAGUAAAAAAGAAAAGUCCAGAAACUAAAAACAGUUCCAAUAGUGUAAAUGAUGGAAAUGAUGAGAAAAAAGAGGAGCCUAAAGAUUCUGAAAAUCAAAUCAGCGAGGACCAAGAAAAAAAGAAAGAGAGACGUUGGUCCAGCCCAGAUAGGAGUUCAAGUGUUAAUGUUAUGCAACCACAACCUACAAUACCUCAGCAGACGACUUUGCCACAGCAGACGACAUUGCCACAGGAGUCGACAUUGACACAGCAGACGAUACUACCUCAGCAGACGACAUUACCUCUGCAGACGACAAUGCCGCAGCUGACAACAAUGUCUCAGCAACCUGCAAUGCCACAGCUAACGACUAUGCCUCAGCAGCUAAUGAUGUCUCAUCAACCUCCAAUGCCUCAGCCCACCAUGCCUCAACAAGUGUCACAACAUCAGCCUAUGCCCAUGAUGUUCCAGACACCCAUGUUCAACCCACCACCUCAGUUUAACCCCAUGCAUAUGAUGCUACCCCCUCCUAUGGCUCCAUCAUCUAUACCACCUCCUGCGCCCCUAAACCCUGGGUCUAUACCCUCUCCGUCCCCGCUACAGCCUUACGCUAUACCUCCGCCGUCCCCACUCAUGCCACAUUCUAUCCCCCCACCGUCUCCGAUGGUGCCACACUCCAUUCCUCCGCCCUCCCCUCUUACCCCUCACUCGAUUCCUCCCCCGAUGCCUCUUCGGCCGCAGAACAUCCCUCCCCCGAUACAACGACCCCCGGCGUUUCUUACUGUCCCACCGCCCCCGCCACCACCACCACCUCCAGAGGAAGAGAAACCCAAGGAUAAAUCACCUGAGGUGGAUGAAGACACUGUCGAUCGUAAAGUCAACAAUCUUUUUAAAAAUGAAGCUUAUUCUUCGGACGAGGAAGAGAGGAGUGAGAAGAAAAGUUACUGCCCCACUAGUGACAGACACUCAGAUUCCGACUCGGAAUAUGACAUAAAAUCUGGCUCCUACUCUAACAAGGAAUCGGAUGCUGAAAUGUACAACAGGGUGGACUCGAUGUCUGGAUUGGACUCGGAGAGACAAGAGUCGCAGCCGGCUGCUGAAGACACUUCUCGCGGGGAUAGAAGCUAUAUCAUCAUUGAAGAUACUCAGACCCAGUUUCCCCCCGAAAAUAACAGAGAGCCAGCUCCCGCAGAUCUGUCCAGUGGGGAUCACUUACGACCCGGCCUGGGACACCCUUCCAGUCAUUGUUAUUCUAGGCAACAAGUGAAGAAAGAAAAUACAGAUGAUUUUAUGACUUACGAAAAGGACUUUAAGGAAAAGUAUGAUAUAUUCAGUAUGUCAUCAACCAAAAAAGAAAUCAAACAAGAAUUUGGAGAUGGAUCUUCAGAAAUCAAAUCAGAAAUAAAACAAGAGGAUUCUAACUCUCAAGAUUCAACUGCAAUCAAAUCAGAAGAUGCACCACCGAGGAAGAAACGCCGAAGCCGGUGGGCUUCAAGUGAUGAGAAGAUGGAAGUGCCACCUAUGAUGUCAGCCAUACCACCUGGAAUGCCACCUGUAUUACCCAGCAUGCCACCUAGGCCACCUGUAGGUCCGCCAGUGGGUAUGCCACCCAUGGGUAUGCCACCAAUGGGUAUGCCACCCAUGAGUAUGUCCGGGCCACCCGUAGUACCCAGGCCACCUGUUGUCCCGCCCGUGGGUAUGGCUAUGCCCAAGGUGCUAGGCGGAGUUGUGCCUCCAAUUCCUCCAUCCGUCCCUACUGUCAACGUUCCUGGAAUGUCAGGAGCUAUGAUCAGCAAAGUCACUCGGACUGAUCCUGCAUUAGUUGCGUACGCAAUGAAGGCUUUUGGGCGAACCAACCUCACUGAUGCCGAGUGGAAAAAGGCGGAAGAUCACUUCAAGAUAAACCUACUGUACCAGGACAUGCUUCACAAGAGGGAAGAGUUACAGAGACUUCAGGCUGCUGGCAGGAACAAGUACGAGUACGACAGUGACGAGGAGACAGAAGGUGGGACGUGGGAGCACAAGCUGCGUAGUUUAGAGAUGGAGGCCACACAGAGAUGGGCCGAUGAACUGACAGAAGCUGCAAAGGGCAAACAUCACAUCGGGGACUUCCUACCUCCUGACGAACUGGCCAGAUUCAUGGAGAAGUACGAGGCGUUGAAGCAAGGCCGUGAGCCGGAUCUGUCGGAUUACAAGGAGUUCAAGCUGCAGGAGGACAACAUCGGAUUCCAGAUGCUGCAGAAGCUCGGGUGGACCGAGGGUCAGGGGCUGGGACCCGAGGGGGGAGGAAUCACAGACCCAGUUAACAAAGCCUGUAUGAGAAUGGAAGGCCAGGGUCUAGGCAUGGAGAGGCCAGAUGAUGUAUAUGCUGAAGAUGAUGAGUAUGAUGCUUACCGCAAACGCAUGAUGCUCGCUUACCGCUUCAGGCCCAAUCCUAUGAAUAACCCAAGAAGGCCGUACUACUAGACGCUGCAGCUUUAUCACAUUUAAUGUAGGCUUUCAUUUGUAAAUAAAACCACUAUGAUUUCUGUUUUAA